AUGUCUAGAAAGGAGGUUUCUCCCCCAAAAGACAUGUUGUCUGUGCCGAUAGCCUCCAAUUCUAAAGGCAACCCCAAACCCUCCGGCCAUUCCAGUGUGCUCAUACCAGAAUGUCCAAGCAAUGCGGCGGAUGAGAAGAGCUUGGGAAGUGGAAACUUGGCACGAUCAUAA